AGCGAGCCUCUUCUUUUCCUGGGCCUCCGUCUGUGCUCCCGGCCUCACCCCCAGGCCGGCGGGACAGGGUGGCAUCGCCCUGCAGUGGUGCCCGAUCCCGUUGCGAGGGGGCAGGCCUGACUGGCUUUGUGCAACUCCUUGGAAAUCUGUACCAGCUUCUCUGAGCAAAAGUGUCUGGAAGUUCUCCAAGAUUUUAACCUCGAGAGGAUUACAUGCGCUGUUUGAAGACAAGUGGACUUGGACUUAAGGAUGUAGGAGCAAAUACUACUCUGUUCAUGAGGAAUGUGAAAAAUGCCUGGUUUCAAAGACUAAGGAGCUCAUCUCCUGUUGUCGUGCUGAUAUGGAGAGUUAAAUAGGUCAUCAGCAUUGGAUGUCAGGAAAUGCAAUUAAGUUUAUAAAGUAUAAAGAGCAAAAGAAAACGGAGAAGUGGAUUGGCUGGAUGAGGUUGCAGGUGUCUCAGAACUGUCAGUGAAAAGUCACCUGGGAAGCUAAUAAGAUGUCAUCUCUACCAAGGAGGGUGAAAUCUCAAGCCAAAGCCCUUACAUCAGAAGAACUACCUUCGUUUCUUAAUUCGAGCUCUGAAUCAGAGGAGGAAGAGGAGGAAUGGAAGCCAAAACAAAAAAUCGCCAAGAAACGUUGUUUGCCAAAGAAAAAUGAGGCAAAAAUUAAAGAAGCUGCUGUUCCACAGCCAGCUGGGGCCAAGAAAACGGUCAAGAAGGUGGCAAUAAAAGAGGAAUUGGAUGUGUCCUUGCCUAUUGCACCUGUAGAAGAUAAUAGAAUGCAACUUCUGAAACCUAAGGAAGAAGAUGUAGGCACUAAACCAGAAAGUUUAAAUCCAAAGCCAGAAGUGCCUAAAAAAAUGGAAAUAAAUUCAUUCCAGGGAAAAAACAAAAAGAGUUUAGGGAGUGAUGAAAAACCCUCAACGAGUGUUCCUGUAGUGGGGAAUCAAGUGAAACAUGAGAAAUGUGAAGAGGCUUUUGCAUUUGAUGAACCACCCUCUAAAAAGAUUAAGUUGAAUGAAUGUCCUGAAGGAAAGCCAGUUAAAAAUCUUGGAAGGAACAAAAUAAAAGAAGAAUUUGAAAUGAACUGGGAUAUUGUACAGGCCUUGUCAGACAUAACAAAUGUUGAGCCAUGGGUAUGUGCAAACUUAAUUAAUCUCUUUCAAGAAGAAAACACAAUUCCUUUUAUUGCUCGGUAUCGAAAAGAGCUCAUUAAUAAUCUGGAGGCCGAUGCCUUGCGAGAAAUGCAGCAAACCCUGGAAGAGCUACGUACUGUUGCAAAGAAGACACAUACAACGAUACAGAAGUUGAAGAAAGAAGGAAAAUUAUCUGGUUGCCUUAUGAAAGCAUUAUUAAAUUGCAGAACUUUGGAAGAAUUGGACCACGUGUCUGCACCUUAUAAAACUGGGAGUAAAGGCACCAAAGCCCAGAGGGCCAAGCAGCUGGGAUUAGAACCUGCUGCGCUUUCCCUCCUUCAGAACCCUGUGGAACUCAAUCUCUUUUCUUACAUUAGACCCAAUACCAAAGGGCUUGCAAAUAUCCAGGAGGUAGAGACUGGAGUACAGCAUAUUUUAGCAGACAUCUUUGCUAAAGACAAAGACACACUGGAUUUUAUCAGGAAACUAUGUCAGCAGAGGUACAUUUCCAUUCAGUCAACCUUGGCAAAAGUGUCAUCCAAAAGUGGAAAUGAAAAAGAUAUUAAUAAAUUCCAACUCUACCAUGAGUUUUCUUGCAAUAUAAAGAACAUUCAGCAUCAUCAGAUUCUGGCCAUUAACCGAGGGGAAAAUCUGAAGAUCCUGACAGUGAAGGUCAACAUUCCUGACGGGGUGAAGAAUGAAUUCUGUUGGUGGUGUGUCAAUGAAAGAUGGAGACCGAAACAAUUUUUAAAACCAGAAUUUAUGAGGAUCCUACGGAAUUCAGUAGAGGAUGCAUAUAAACGCCUUAUACAUCCUCUUCUCUGUAGAGAAUUCAGAUCCAAGUUGACAUCUGAUGCAGAGAAGGAGUCAGUGAUGAUGUUUGGGAGAAAUCUCCGGCAGUUGCUUCUGACCAGCCCUGUGAGGGGUCGUACUUUGAUGGGAGUAGAUCCUGGCUACAAACAUGGCUGCAAGUUGGCAAUUAUUUCACCAACCAGUCAGAUACUCCACACUGAUGUAGUUUACUUGCAUUCUGGUCAAGGAUUUCGUGAAGCUGAGAAGAUAAAGAAGCUUCUGCUACAGUACAACUGUAGCACUGUCGUGAUUGGCAAUGGCACGGCCUGCAGAGAAACAGAAGCUUACUUUGCUGACUUAAUUAUGAAGAAAUAUUUUGCACCACUGGAUGUUGUUUACUGCAUUGUCAGUGAAGCGGGAGCAUCUAUCUACAGCGUCAGUCCGGAAGCAUCCAAGGAAAUGCCAGACCUAGACCCUAACCUAAGAAGUGCAGUUUCUAUAGCUAGACGCGUUCAAGACCCAUUAGCUGAACUAGUGAAAAUUGAGCCCAAACAUAUAGGAGUUGGAAUGUAUCAGCAUGAUGUAUCACAGACCUUGCUCAAAGCAACUCUGGACAGUGUGGUUGAAGAGUGUGUUAGCUUUGUUGGAGUUGAUAUUAACAUCUGCUCAGAAAUACUAUUAAGACACAUUGCAGGACUGAAUGCUAACAGGGCUAAAAAUAUAAUUGAAUGGCGAGAGAAGAACGGACCGUUUAUAAACCGAGAACAGCUCAAAGAAGUUAAAGGUUUGGGUCCCAAAUCCUUCCAACAGUGUGCUGGCUUCAUCAGAUUCAAUCAAGAAUAUAUAAAGACCUUUUGCAGUAAUAAGAAAACUGAACUUGGAAGUCGUGCACUUUUGACGAAAGCAGGUGCUCUGGGUAAAAAGAAGAGUAAACCAAUACCAUGUGCCUGGCAACAGCCCAAUCCUUUGGACCAAACUUGUAUUCAUCCAGAAUCUUACAACCUUGCAGUGAGGUUUUUAUCCUUGAUUGGAGGAAACGCAAAUGACAUAGGAAAAUCGGAUAUGCAGCAAAAAGUAAGUGCAGUAAUUGAAAGGGAAGGACUGGAAGGCACAGCCAAGAGGCUGAAUACCACAGUGCACACGCUGCAGCUGAUCAUUGAUGGUCUGACUCAGCCUGAAGGCUAUGACAUUCGUACAGAUUUUGGUAAACCUGAUUUCAAGAGAAGCAUAGUGUGCUUUGAAGACUUAAGUGUUGGUGCUGUUCUGACUGGAAAAGUUGAAAAUGCGACGCAGUUUGGAGUUUUUGUUGAUAUUGGUGUGGGAAGAGCGGGUUUGAUUCCAGUGCGAAACAUAACUGAAGCAAAACUUUCUAAAGUGAAGAAGAGAAGAAGCCUCGGCCUAGGUCCUGGAGAAAGAGUUGAAGUUAAAGUGCUUAAUGUUGAUAUUCCUCGAUUGAGGAUAACGUUGGAUCUUAUUCGUGUUUUGUGAGAGGGUUUUCAGUGACUGCUCAUUUUAAAGGAUUAUGUAAAUGAGUAAUGUCAGCAAGGUUCUGGAGAUGGAGGCAUUUAAUGAGAGUGUUGAAACCUUCAGCCUUUUUUUUUCUUUCUUUAUUUCAAUUUAGGUUUUUCCACAUUUCAUUAAUCCUUUCUGUUAAUAAUUGCUAGAACAGUUUUUUUGAUUACCUCCAAGCAACCUUGUUAUUUUGUCUGCAGACCAAAUGAAGUUCCAGUGGGCUGUCAGACAGAUCUCUUAUCUGUUGUCUGUGCAAGUUUUGCUGUCUUAAUCUUUAGUCAAUACUGCAUGAGCAGACAUAUUUACAGCUCUCUUCCCAAAAAACAGCCAUUCAGUUUGUCUGUUUUGUGGUUGAGAGUCUCAAAGAGGGCACCUAGGAGAAAAAAGUGAUCUUUUUAAGCUAGGUGGUCAUGACAUUGCUUGAAAAGUAGACUGAAAAAAGAGCAUCUGCUAAGACUAUUGAUGGUUCAGAAAUAUUCAGCUUUAAUUUAUUUGACCAACAUUACAGGAAGUCUGUUUACCUGUAUUGUUUUUGCUUGUUCAGUUAUCAUUGAUUAACACAGUUGGAUGUACCUUGUAGUUUAAGGAAGUUUGCUUAGAAGUGUCAAAAAACAUUUAGGUUGUUCUACUCUUGUGCAAAAUAAAAACACUUCUGACCA